UCCUUUGGCUCAGCGGCCACCUUCUGCGUUGACGUGGCCCUCUUGUUCUCCUGCAGCUGUGGACCAGCCACUGUCAUGAGCCUCAAAAGUGGGAAAGUCGCUGGACUCUGGAAGAUCGUGACUUGGGAUGAGCCAUCCUUCCAGGGCCGCAGGCAGGAGUUCACCUCCGAGUGCUAUGACAUCAGAUCCUGCGGCUUCGACACCGUGAACUCCGCCCGUGUGGAAAGUGGCACGUGGGUCGGCUUUGAGCACCCUGGCUUCCAGGGGCAGCAGUUUGUCCUGGAGAGAGGCAGCUACCCCUGCUGGCAAGCUUGGAGUGGCAGCAAUGCCUACCACGUCCGGAGGCUGAGCUCCUUCCGGCCCAUCUCCUGCGCGAAUCACCAGGAGAGCAGGAUGUCCGUCUUUGAGCACGAGAGUUUCCUGGGCCGCAAAGGAGAGCUGAGCGAGGACUGCCCCUCCCUCCAGGCCAUGGGCUGGGGCAGCAGUGAGGUGGGCUCACUCCACGUCCACUCUGGCGCCUGGGUGUGCUCCCAGUUCCCCGGGUACCGGGGCUUCCAGUACGUCGUGGAAAGUGACCGCCACGGGGGCCAAUACAAGCACUUCCGGGAACUGGGCUCUCACGCGCAGACCUCCCAGGUGCAAUCCAUUCGCCGGAUACAGCAGUGAGCGAGCGAGCGAGCGAGCGAGCAGCACCUGGGCACCGGAGGCAACCGGGGCGCCCCCACGGACGGCUGGGUCCCCUGCCCGCCCCCCGCGCAUCGCCAUGCACGGGCAGCAGCAGCAAAGCCAUAUCGGGAAG